GUAUUCUUGUGACAUACUUUUCAGUUCUAAGUACGAUCGAGGGAUAUCGUAGGGCAAAUCUUAGUAAAUCUGUGAUGAGAAUGCAGCUAAACACGGUGGCCAAUCUGAAAGCGUACAGCGCAUAUGAGAAAGUACAAUAUAUACAAAUUGCUCUUCAAAAGAAGCCAAGAAAAACCCUCUGCAAUCAAUAACUUGUAAAAAUGAGCAAAUAAAUGCCAAAAAGCUUUCCAUCAAAAAAGUACUUAAAGACCGGUUUGCGGCACAUAUAGUUCAUUUAUCUCUAUUCGACUCACUCAAAGUUAAUUCAUCAAGCACUCAGAAUGAAGAUCUUCACCAUCGCAACCCUUGCGUUUGCUACACUUGCUACUGCCUCUCCUGUUGAUCGGGAAGACUGGCGCAGAAAGGCUAGAAAAGGACCAAGUAAAGUGUUCCACAGUUCUAACGCAGCACCAGAUGCGCUGCCCAUCCCCAGAAUCAGUUCUGAUUCUAAUGCACCAAAAAAGCGAGACAUAGCGUACUCCUCAUGGCCUAAGUUUCAAAACACGAGUUCCAAUCAAUCGACGUCCGACCAAUCUAUUUCCACGGGAAACAUGAUAUCUUUGGGCGUCGAAGAGUCAAAUGAAAGUCGCGGCGGCUCUGUAAGCAGUCACUCAAUUUCAUCGCCCGAGCCUUCUUCACCACCAACAUCUGCUGUCCCGGACGCAGCGAUCUCUGGUAUCAUUGAUGAAUAUCAGGAUGAAUUUGGUGGUGAUGUGUAUCAGCAGGGAGCUCAGAGUAUUGAUCCGGAAUAUGCCGAAAAUUCGAUUGACCCUAGAAACGAACCCAGUGUUUCUGUCCUCGAUUCUGCACUGGAGUCUGCCAGUCUUCCAGAUGAGGAGCGUGCCGAUCUUCCCGAAUAAUUUGCUUGAGUCAAAUGUACCCUAGUUUUGUCAGGGUCUCUCACGAGAGCUUCUUAUGUCAAGUGCGAGGGAUCAGACAUUAUCAGGUUGAAGGAAGUUUGUGAUUCUUCUUCGAAAGUACUUAGGGUCACCAAUAUAAGUUUUUGAUUUGAGUAUACAAGAAACUCUAGUAUCUGUAGAUUACACGGUAGCUCUCCUCCCACUAUAUGUGGGUUCACUGCAAAUUGCCAAUUGUCAAAGCACUGGCACGAUACUUUCUAUGAUAUGCAACUGGUAUAUAGUCUGCUUCCAACCCAGGUGGUAUCAUGUGCAC